AGUGAUUUUCUCGAGUGUUCUAGCACAUUUAAAUGAGAAGAGUGGGGGGUUGAUAUGUCCCAGCAGCUGAUACCAUCCAUCCUAAAAAUAGAGCGGCAGUCAGUCACUCUCCAAACCAACCAACCACACUGAGUUGUCUCUAUUCAGUUCUGACUUCUCUAAGAGUAAAGAGACCACAUCAGCUAAAAACCUCUGAAAACAUUUAUACAGAGAAGCACAUCAACUCUACAAAACAUCAAGAUGCCAAAGAUUGUUCGACCGGAGAACUGCCAACCUGCUAGAACGCUGUGGUACGACCGGAAAAAAUAUGUCACCAUCAACUUUUUGGUUCAAAACCCAAAAGAUGUGCAAGUAGAUAUUCAGGACACAAAGAUCAUUCUCAGCUGUAAAGAUGUGGAUGACAACAAUAUCUACAAUGAGAUUGAAUUUUAUGACAAAGUAUUUAAGUCUGAUUCGAGAGAGAAGGUUCUGGAUCGCACUAUUAAUGUGCUGAUAAGAAAGUAUAAAGACAAUGUGGCAUGGCCGAGACUUCAGAAAGACCAAGCUAAGCCAGCAUGGCUGUUAGUUGACUUUGAUAACUGGCGAGAUUGGGAACAUGAGGAGGAAGAUGGUAUGGCAGAAUAUGAGCAGUACAUUGAUAUGAUUAAUGAUGUUAAACAGAAAGGUGAACCUCCUGCAAUGGAUGACCUGGACGAUCUUAGCGACUGAGUUUUACUCCGGCUCUCAAGCAGAUCCUUUACAGUUCAGUUUUUGGAUGUCUACAGUAAAGAUGUUUCACGCUGCCCAACAAACAAUCACAAUGACAAGAAACAAAUGUUGACUUUUAGUGAAUGUUUGUUUUUGUUUGAUCAGUGUUUUUUUUUUGUAUUUGUGUAAAAUAUCCUUUAUAUUCGAUAUGUAAGGUCAUGUUUAAUAACAUUUUUUUACUUCUGUGCUUAAACAAAUCUCCUUUCCCCGUGAGAAAUAACAUCAGAUGUGUAUUAUUCUAUGCCUUUAAAAAAGAUAUAAUCCAGGAGACGUAUGAUUGUUAAUUUAUUGUCAUAUGUUGUAUAAAGUGUUUUUCUACAUUAAAGGUUGUAAAGAUUGUC